CUUUGAUCUUUGCUUGUAUUUUAAAUUUUUAGGUUAGGUUAGGGCAUAGAAGUUAGGGCUUGUGAGUUUUACAUAUUACAAAUUUUAAAAGAAAAUAUUAGGACUCAUAACAGAAAAUAUGGAUAAUAGUGAUGAUUUUGAGCCGGAAGUAUAUAAUUUAGUUUUCCACAAUAAUGUCUGUCAUGUUUGUAAACAAACCGAAAAUUUAUUGAGAUGUUCCAAAUGCAAAACAUUGGUUUAUUGUUCAAAAAAACAUCAAAAAAUGGACUGGAAGUUUCAUAAAGAAUUUUGCUAUGCUAUGACUUGUGUUCGUAAUGAACUUAGAAAAGAUAGCAUACAUACUUUUGAAGAUUUUGUUGAAUUUAGGAAUUCAAGAGGUCGCUAUUUAAAAGUUGUGUUAAAUAGAGAAUUAGAACCAUUGGAAUUUAUUAUGUGUAUGUCACUAAGGUUUUGUGAAAUAUGCUUGGCUGAAGAUGUUCAACUCGAUUGUCCAAAAUGUAGGAACGUUUUCUUUUGCUCUGAAGAACAUAGAAAUGCAUGUAUAGAUCAUGAUAAAGAUUGUGAAGAAUUAAAAUUGUGUAUGGAAUUAACUUUGAGUUUGUUUCGCGAAGGACUUGGAAAUACUAAUUUUGAAGUUUCUGAAGUACCUUCCAGUGUGCAAAAUUUACCUAAUAACAUUUUAGACCUGCUUGCACUAUAUGAUAAAAAUUCUGUGAGCUGUGGUCAUGAUCUAACACAAAAUAUUUUGAAACUUAAAUGCAUCUCUCCUGUCGCUUCAAUUUUGUAUGGACUCGAAAAAUGUGGUAAAUUAAAUAAUAGAUUAUUCCAUAAAAAUGGACUUACAAUUCACAUAGUAGGUGGUGAUAUAUAUGAAAUGGGGCUUCUAUGGAAAGAAAUGUGCGAAUUAAUCUUCCAUUGGAUUACUAAUUUAACUGAAUUGGAAUACUUUAUUGUAGGACCAGAGCUGAACCAUAGUGGAACCACUGAUAAGUUCACUAAACAGUUAUGUGAUAAUUGUAAAAAUAGAAAUGUUAAAGUAAACUGUACGUUUCAUACUCAAUUGUAUCAUAAUAUUGUUAAUCAUUUGAAAAAACCAGAUGUGGUGGUUUGUUUUAAUAGUGGCCUGCAUGUAAAUUCCAUGGAAUUUUCCACGGAAUCUUCCAUGGAAUUUCCUAUGGAAUCUGAGAAACUUCCAGAGCAUAAUUGGAAAGACUCAAUUGAGUUUCUAGUUAAAAAAGGUGUUCCUUUAAUUUUGACUGCUUACACUCUUAAUGAAAUAAAUGAUGAUAUUGAGGAACUUAUAGAAUGGAACAAAGACAAAAAAAUAGAAGUUUCGGUUAAACCACAUAAGAACCCAUUUUGUGAUAAAAAACCUUUGAGAGAUCUUUAUAGUCAGAAAGAACCUAUUUAUUAUGUUAAUGGUUAUAUUUCUGUAUUAAAUGAAACCUAAUUUUACUGGCUUGAUUUUACUUGGGUGUGCUUUUGUUAAUGGUUAUAUAGUCUAGUUAACAAGUGCUUUUGGGGUCAAAUUUUUUUUUCGCCUCCGAAAAAUAUGAACGAGGUGUCAUUCGAUUCGGAAUAACGUGUAGAUGAUUUUUGAAAAAAUUCAAUAGCCGCUUGCAAAAAUUGCAAAAGUUAUAAACAAUUGACUGAAAAAAAAAAAAAAAAAAUUGGGUUUGGUUUUUUAAAAAUAUCUCAAAAAUUAUUUGAAAUUUUCCAAAUUUGAAAAAAGAUUAAAAAAGAAGAGGACAUUUCCCCAAAAAAAGGUUCUAUCACCCGGAACUGUAGGACCAAUAUUUAUAAUUUUCCCAGAGGGUUGAAAAUAGGCCCGAAAACGGACUCUGGUUUGUGUAAGGUUCGCCCACUGUGGACCUUUAAUAAAUAAAUUUUAUUUAAACUUAUUAAAUGUGAAAAUUACGAAUUGAAAAAAUUAAAAAAAAAUUGUUUAUAACCCAAAAAGCACAUUGUUAACUAGACUAAUAUUUCUGUAUUAUUGAAUGCAAACAACUUCAUUUUUGUUCUUGGUCAAUUUUUUGCAGAUUACUGGUAUCUACAUUUAUUUAUCACAAACUGGAAAACAUUUCUCUGUUCAUUCCGUAUUCUAUUUAUAAUAUCUCUUGUAAUAUUUAAACUAUUAUUACUACUGUUGACAGGAAACAUGUUAACUUUCAAAUUAUUGUUAAAAAUUGAUAGUUUUUACCAUGAGCUACUCAUGUUGAUUUUCUUUAGUAAUAAUUAAGAUAUUCUUGUUAACAUUUUCUGCUGAAUAAAGCAGUGUUAAUUUAGUAAUUUUAUGUUUAGAAAUAUGGUACCUAAAUAUGCAAUUUUUAAUAUUGGUAUUGAGUUCUUUA